AUGAAACUGAAUCUUUUCCAAUAGUUAGUAUCGCCAUGUGGAUGGGUGUGGGUGUGGGUGUGGGUGUGGGUGUGGGUGUGGGUGUGGGUGUGGUGGUAGAUGUGGGUACACUUGUUGAAUUCACUCACACUCACCCACACCCACACCCCACACCCCACACCCACACCCUUAGUCAACGUAGUUUGACAUCCUCUUACUAGAAAAUGAUAAGAAUCAUCAAAGAUUUUUCCAAAAAUAAGAUACUGAAUAAAAAAGCAUACUAGUUGUAAAUAUCAGACUUCGUACUCUUUUCUAUUGUAUUUAUUUUAAUUUUAAUUUUUCUGAUUUAUAGCAAACAUCUACUAGAGGCAAAAACGAAUGUCUAUAACAAAAAGUCUUCAUAUAGGUUUAGUUUUGUUUUCUUAUGUUUUCAUUUAUAUGGAGUGUGUCUUCUAAUCCAAAAUAUCUGAUUGACUUUUCUUUCUUAUACAUAUUCCAUGAAUGAUCGAAAUUUAUUCUAUUUCAAAUAAUGGGUUUUUCAAUUAUCGUCUGGGGUGAAGAAGGUCAAAACUGUCGAACUAUCUAAUCGAGAAAAGUUAUGAAUAGCAGAAGAAAAAAAGUCUAUGUUGCUCAAUGUAAAUAGUAUUUUUUACUUUCAAUUCUAUGCGACUUUUUAAACUAGUCGAAAAUUAGUUCAACAUAUUAUACAAAGACUUUAAAAAAAAAAAUCUAAGUCUUUGUUUUAUUUAGACAGUGGGAAAAGAUGAUGAAAACUCUAACAAUGAAAAAACUCUUAAAGAAUAACAAUCAGAUACUAUACGUCAACAUCUGCAACUGAUAGAAAACAUCGAUAUUUUAUUGAAAAAAAUUAUUCAAAAGUAUAUCAAAAAGAUUUCACGAAAGGUCUUGAUUUUUUUUCAUGUAUUUUAUUCAUUUAUGUGAAUUCUACUAAUGUAAAUUAUGCUGUAAAUAGUGUUAUACAAACAUUAGUACCACUUAUGUUAUGGCAUGAUGAAGCAUUAGUUGUAUUUGGUUAAACUACUCGAGAUGUUGCACGACAUUUUAUUCAACGAUGAAAUAUUCAUAAAAUUGGCUAAUAAAAACAGUUUAGCUGCAUUUCGUCACAUGUAUUCAUAACCGAAGACUAUCGAAUCAAAUAUUAUUAGUUAAAUUUAUAGCCUGGUUGAAAAAAAGUUGCAACAUUUUUUUCAAAUAUGGAUAUGGGUAUACGGAAGACGGUUAUAUUUUGUUUGAUUCAUAUUCAAAUUCUAUUGUUCUCAAUCCAAAUCCAUAUGGUGACACUGACAGUAAUACAUUUAGCAACUUGAAAAUUUCAUUUAAUCCUUCAACCAAGUGCUUGACGACCUCGGAACACAUUUGAGUAUAAUCUCUAAAUUUUCUUGAGUGUACUGAUGGUGGUUUAGGAUGGAAUGUCGAUUAGGCUACAAAUGAAAUGAGCAUAAAAAACUGACGUAAACACCCACUCGUACUCUUGUUAUCUUUUGACAACUAUUUGACCUCAUAAGCAAUUCAGACAGUAAUCAAUCGCUUUUCAAAUUUUAAUUGUGAAUUAUUUUUUCUUAAGUGUGAAAUAUAUCUGAAAAAUGAUUUUUAUUCAUUUUUGUUAUCUAAAUCUUAUGAUGAUGUUGAAGACUUAGCUAUUGAACACGGGAGUGAUUUUCUUAAAAGUGAGCUAUUUCGUGCAUAAGUGCCUAAAGAAGUUAUUAUUUUAGAUUAAUAUCCAUUUUAAAAACUAUUUUCACUUGGAUUUUUGCAUUUAGUAUGUUCGCUCAGUUGGACCAUGGUCAGCGGGAACGAAAUCAGAGGAAUCAUCGAUUCAUAAUGCUUAUAUGCAAAUGAUUGAUGUUGCUAAACAUUUUAUAUACAUUGAAGUAGAGUAAUAUAAAAACAAAAACAAUUUUUGAUUGGUAUUUCGUAUUUAGAAUCAGUUAUUUAUUACUAUUGCUCAAGAUUCAGUUGUCAAAACCAAUUAGCUGAUGUUCUUUUUCGACGUAUAGAACGAACACAUAAAUAUGAAGUCUUUUUUUUUUAUUAUAUAACACUUUAAACAGUUUGUUUUAUUGAUUAGAAAUGCAAAAAAAAAUUCGUGUUUUUAUUGUUCUUCCCCUUUUAUCUCAUUUUGAUAAGACGAAUACCAGGCACAUGAAUAUUUUAACAACAAAGAUCCGUUGUUUUUUAAAUAUAUCGUCGACAGUAAACCUCAUUUAUUUAAUGAAGAAACUCAUCAAUGUACGAUCUUCUUUAUAUGCUUUUAUUUAAAACUAUGUCCAGCAUAUUUCUAUAUACUUAACUUAGUUGAAAUACAAUUUUAUUUUCUUGUUUCUAGUCAGAAAAAUAUAAAUUAAUGCAUAAUGAAAUAGUUUUUUCGAAUGCAAUCAGAUUUUCAGUCGCAAUAGAUAUUGUUUGAAUCGAUUUCGAGUACAUUGAAAAUGAAUCUAUAAAUCAAAUAUACAUAUAUAUAUCUAUGUCAGGCAACUUUGUUUUUGAUAUUUAGGAAUUCCACCAAAAGAUUAUUUUUAUUUUUGUGGUAUAUGUAAUCAUGAUAUACUAAUGGGUAGUUUAGUAAGUAGCCGAAAUAAUAUAUGUUCAUUCAAAAUUGAUGAUCGUAUGAGUACAUGUGGUAGUGCAAAUAUAAAUGAUCUGAAAGAAGAAGAUUAUCGAUUUAAUGAAGAGUCACUUCUUGUAGGAAAAUUUUGUUCUAGCUGGCGUAAAAAGAUCUUUGAAAUACUGUUUGGUAUACAUUUCAACAAUCCAAAUAAUACUGAAGUAACUGAUCGAGUAUCAGAUAAAUUUUAUUCUUAUUUUCAAGAUAUAGCAAAACAAACUACGUUGAUUUAUAAUGAAGUUUUUGCUACAAUGAAAACUGAACAAACAUUGGAAGAUAUUCAAGGAUUUGUUAACGAAUAUCUAAUUUAUUUUUUUUUGGAUGAAGAAAAUUAUUUACCUAGCAUGAUAAAUCUUGAAAAUAAUAGUUCUAUUCCAUUAAUUUUAUUAAAUAAUAUAUCGAUUAAUAAACAACCAAUUAAAUCAAAUUAUUUAGAUUUUGAAAAUACAGAAAAAUAUCUUGAAGAAAAUCCAUGUGAUUGUUAUCGUAAAUAUAUUGAAAAUGAAAAAUUAAGUAUUCAUGAAGAAGCAGAUAAUAAUAAUAAUAAUAAUAAUAAUAAAAUUAAAAUAAAAUCAAAAAUAUCUAUAUAUAUGGAUAAGUCUAUAUGA